UCUUUACUCAGCACUCACUGUCAAGUCAAAUAUAGGUUAUUUUGGAAGCACAACAGAAUUUGUAGAAUAAAAAACUAGAUUUUUUUUUAGAGAAAAUUUUGAUGAUUCAGCGAGAACAAGAUGUUUCUGACCAACGUUUUAAUGAGGAAGGCGAAAGCCAAGAGCAUUCUAGUUUUGAUGGAGAGUGCGGUCAGCGGCCAUCAAUUCUUGCAAAUCCGGGAAAGAUUAGCCGAUAAACUGGAGACAAUUCGAUUCGAUCCAUACAUUCAAAAGCCAAGUGUUUACCGUGAGCGCAGAAAAGUCAAAAGUAUCCGUUAAAUUCCAAUGGAAUCGAUUAGCAUUUAUUACCUCACAAAUGUAGUUAAAGUCCAGUUAAUGAAAUAAAUCAAGAAAAACAGA